GUUUUCUACUGUUAUUUACAUUGUUUUACUGAAUUAACAAUGACUUCGUUAUUUAUUGUUGUUUUAACGAUCGUUAUGGCAAAUGGAGAAUAUCUUCCAUUUGAUGGAUCUUGCCCUGACCCAGACUCCCCUGAAGGGCUAAAUCUGAAUCUAGACGAAACAUAUUAUCCGAUUGCUGAAACUGUUAAAGAAAAUGCAAGAAGUGAUAUUGCUGAUAAAUUUGAAAAAACUCCUGUUGGGUUUAAAGCUACUGAAGUAUUUCGAGUUCCUAAUUCUGGUGAUGAUUGUCUAGGAAUAGAAUUAAUCCUUAAUGAGUUAGAAAAAGGAAAGUAUGUGGUUGUUCAUCAAGAAGAACAUGAUGAUAAGGUCGGUGACUAUUCCGGAGAUUUUGUAACUUUUCUAUCGGAAAAGGUGGUAUUUUUUUGCCGUGAGAGAGACAGUAAAUUUUAUGCUCAAGUAGGAGUAUUAAGUACAGAACCAAAAGAAUUUGAUUCAGAUGAACGCGGAAGUGUUGAAAAGUUAUUGACCUCAAAUGACUUGGAUUUCCUGAAUGAGUAUCUUAGUCCAGUCAAACAUGAUAACCCAUGUGAUUUGGAAUAAAAAAAAUAAAAAAUUAUGUAUUAAUCAGAAAAUCUAUGGCCAAAGAGCUUCAUCUAUGUAAUAGUGUAUUAAUUUUUGUUAAUCCAAAUAAAAACUU